GACAUUUGUCACUAGUCAAACUAAUAAAGUUUGUUAUCAUACAUGUGGUCGAAGGAAUUCGCAAACAUUAGAUUAUUCACAUUAAUUGAGUUCAAGUUUAAGAUAUUGGUGUGAAAGCCGGCAAAAUGAAUGAAGAACGCCUUCAUAUUGAUUGGGGCAACGAGAAGCUCUUUAGGACUCAGAAGCAAGUGGAGAAGAACUGCUACGACCUGGAAGCAUGGUCUAUUCUGCUCAGAGAAGCCCAAAGCAAGCACAUAUCGGAGGUUCGCUCACUUUAUGAGCAUUUAAUCACGAUUUUCCCGAGUGCUUCGAGGUAUUGGAGAAUAUAUAUUGAACACGAGAUCAAAGCCAGGAAUUUUGAGCGAGUAGAAAAGCUUUUUCAAAGAUGCCUAAUGAAGAUUUUGAAUAUUGAACUGUGGAAACUAUACCUGACCUAUGUAAAGGAAACCAAGUCGUCGUUACCCACAUAUAAAGAAAAAAUGGCUCAAGCCUACGACUUUGCUCUGGACAAAAUUGGAAUGGACAUCCAUUCUUAUGGCAUCUGGAAUGAUUAUGUGAAUUUUUUGAAAAGCGUUGAUGCCGUGGGAUCAUAUGCGGAAAAUCAGAAAAUUGGUGCGGUUCGAAAAGUAUAUCAAAGAGGGAUUAUCAAUCCGAUGAUUGGCAUGGAAACCUUUUGGAAGGACUAUAUUUCUUUCGAGCAAAACAUAAACGCCAUAAUUGCGGAGAAAAUGAGCAUAGAGAGAAGCAGAGAUUACAUGAAUUCCCGAAGAGUGGCCAAAGAGCUGGAAGUACAAAUCCGUGGCAUUAACAGGAAUGCCCCAAGUGUACCUCCAAACGGUACUCCUGAGGAGCGAAAACAAGUUGAACUGUGGCAAAAGUACAUCGAGUGGGAAAAAAGUAACCCAUUACGCACCGAAGACACGGCCUUGCAUACGAAAAGGGUGAUUUUUGCUUUGGAACAAUGCCUACUGUGUCUGGGUCAUCAUCCUGAUAUUUGGUAUCAAGCAGCCCAGUUUCUUGAGCUGAGCAGCAAAAUUCUAACGGAAAAAGGCGACGUAAACGCUUCUAAACUGUUCAGCGAAGAAGCUGCUAAUGUUUUUGAAAGAGCCACAAGUUCACUUCUGAGUCGAAAUAUGCUUUUGUACUUCGCGUAUGCGGACUAUGAAGAAGGACGGUUGAAGUAUGACAAAGUUCAUCAAAUAUACUGCAAGUACUUAGAUAUUCAAGAUAUUGACCCGACCCUGGCGUACAUUCAAUACAUGAAGUUCGCCAGGCGGGCUGAAGGAAUCAAAUCAGCCAGAUCAGUAUUCAAACGAGCGAGAGAAGAUAAUCGGGCAUUGUACCAUAUUUUCGUUUGCGCUGCAAUCAUGGAAUAUUAUUGUUCGAAAGAUAAAAACAUAGCGUUCAGGAUUUUCGAAUUGGGGCUGAAGAAAUUCGGAGAUAUCCCCGAGUAUGUCACCUGCUACAUUGAUUACCUAUCGCAUUUGAAUGAAGACAACAAUACCAGAGUACUAUUUGAACGCGUUUUAUCGUCAGGGAGCCUAGAAAACGAAAAAUCUGUGGACAUUUGGAAUAAAUUCCUAGAGUUCGAGUGCAAUAUCGGGGACCUCCAAUCAAUAGUCAAAGUCGAACGCCGACGGGCUGAAGUGCUUUCAAAAAUCAAAGAAUUCGAAGGUAAAGAAACGGCACAAUUGGUGGAUAGGUAUAGAUUUUUGGACCUGUUUCCCUGCACGCCCCAGGAAUUGAAAAGUAUUGGCUACACUGAUGUUAUCAACAUCACAGGCGCUGCAGGAAAGAGUCACUUUCUGCAGUCAAUAAUAAACCAACAGUCAGAAAUGCCAUUACCUCGACCUGACUACUCUCAAAUGAUUCCCUACAAACCAAAAUCAAACCCUUUGCCAGGCGAACAUCCUAUUCCUGGUGGUUCCUUCCCCAUGCCACCGUCGGCUGCUCACCUGUGCACUUUGCUGCCUCCGCCCCACUGUUUCCGGGGUCCAUUUGUUCACAUCGACAUCAUGAUGGAUAUAUUUACUCGACUACAUUUACCCGAUCAAGUUCCAGCACCUACAGAACACGGCGAUGUGCGCCUAUUUGACAUUGCAAAAUCGGUACAUUGGAUAGUCGAGGAGAACGGCGGGCUUGGAGUGAAACGGAGGAAAAAGUUGGGACUUUCGAUGGAUGGCUCAGACGAUGAAGACAUGCAUUUGCCUCCAAUGAAUGACAUUUACAGGCAGAGGCAACAGAAGAAAGUUAGAAUUUAGUAUAGUUCCUUGUAUUAUUGUCUAAAAUCGCGCUUCCUUAGACGCGGAAAUACAUUUUUGAUAUAAUUACUUCAA